GUGAGGCAGAUCUGGUGGUUCCUUCUUGCCUGCUGAUCACCGCAGAGAGGAACACGACGAGAGGGGGAGCAGCUCACCAGGAAGGAGAAGGAAAAUUCCUGCAAGAAAUCCAAAUCCUUCUCUCUACUCUACCGGAGAUCUGCAAUCGUUCCUCUUCCAAUCUCGAAGGACCAAUUCGAUCUGAGGGAUCUCAAUCGCGGGGAAGAUGUACGGAUUCGAGGCCCUCACCUUCAACAUCCACGGGGGGUACCUCGAGGCCAUCGUGAGGGGCCACCGGGCCGGCCUCCUCACCGCCGCUGACUACAACAACCUCUGCCAGUGCGAGACCCUCGACGACAUCAAGAUGCACCUCUCCGCCACCGAGUACGGCCCUUACCUCCAAAACGAACCUUCGCCACUGCAUACCACGACAGUUGUGGAGAAAUGCACUCUCAAGCUAGUUGAUGAGUAUAAGAGCAUGCUGUGCCAAGCCACGGAGCCCCUUUCGACUUUCCUGGAGUACAUAACGUAUGGACACAUGAUAGACAAUGUUGUCUUGAUUGUUACCGGAACAUUGCAUGAGAGAGAUGUUCAGGAGCUACUGGAGAAAUGUCACCCAUUGGGCAUGUUUGACAGUAUUGCUACCCUGGCAGUUGCUCAGAACAUGCGGGAGCUGUACAGGUUGGUGCUUGUUGACACGCCACUGGCUCCUUAUUUCUCUGAGUGCAUCACAUCGGAGGACUUGGAUGACAUGAACAUCGAGAUCAUGAGGAAUACCCUUUACAAGGCUUAUCUUGAAGAUUUCUACAGGUUUUGUCAGAAACUGGGUGGUGCUACUGCAGAGAUCAUGUCUGACCUUCUUGCCUUCGAGGCUGACAGAAGGGCGGUGAAUAUCACCAUUAACAGCAUUGGCACAGAGCUCACCAGGGAUGACAGGAGGAAGUUGUACUCAAAUUUUGGUUUACUGUACCCCUAUGGCCAUGAAGAACUUGCUGUUUCUGAGGAUAUAGAUCAGGUCCGUGCCGUCAUGGAGAAGUAUCCUCCAUAUCAGUCUAUUUUCUCGAAGCUGUCUUAUGGAGAGAGUCAGAUGCUGGAUAAGGCAUUUUACGAAGAGGAGGUCAAGAGGCUUUGCCUCGCCUUUGAACAGCAGUUCCAUUACGCCGUAUUCUUCGCAUACAUGAGGCUGAGGGAGCAGGAGAUUCGGAACCUGAUGUGGAUCUCGGAAUGCGUGGCCCAGAACCAAAAGUCGAGGGUCCAUGAUAGCGUCGUGUUCAUAUUCUAGUACGCAUUGUAAUCUCUUUAUAGUAACAAGAGUAUUGUGGCUUUUAUAUGCAAUUCUUUUUCUGUAGAUUUGCCAUGUCACUUUAUGUCGGAUCCAUUUCGAGUUGCCGAUGUUCGGAUGAGUGCGACCAAUGUAUUGGGUAAAUCUUUAAAUAAGUUCUGUCUAUAUUUGGAAUAAGCAUUCAUUUUGCAUGAUGCUCAAUUCAACUUUGCAUUUUCAA